CUCGCGAGAUUUGCUGCCGUGACUUCAUCACAGGUGCCAACCUGCUAGCAAAAAUAAUUUGUUGUUUCCUUCUUACGGAUACUUUUAUAUUUAUAUUGGUCAGAAUUAGUCAGUGGGGAUAUAUGAACAUUGGUUAUCCGGUGUUUAGUUUUUACAAAUAUUUUUUUUUCUUAUUUUGUUGUCUUUAACCUUCAUUGCUAGCUGGAAGAAGCUAGUUCGUGCUUCGUUUUUUGGCUCUAGUCUAAUAUUUCAGAUGCUAUUAUACUUUUAUUUUUUAAAAAGGAGAUAAUAUACGGAAGUAAACUUGAGCACAAAUAUUUUAUAUUUGACUUAAACGGAGAGCUCUUUGUCUGUGAGUGUGAACAAGACGUCAACACCUCAAGAUUGAUCGCUGCACUGUUCAAACUGUGAGUUGUUGAUGCUGCUGGGAAUUAUUUGUGGUCAACGUAGCAUGGCGGCGUCUCGAGUGAGCCAGUGUACAUGUCGUGGUGGAUGAGUCUGCUAGCUGGAUCUGCAUCACUUGAGGGAACCGCAGUCGCUAUUAUCGACUCAAAAGAAGAUGGAGUCUGCGCGGAGUGCUUUCCACGCUCAGCUGGCCGCCGUCAUGGACUCGCUGCUGGCCGCAGCUGUUUGUGAGAUCGCCAAGAUCUUCGAGAGCAGCCUCUGUCAACACCAGGCGGAGCUGACGCUGAAGGCGGAGGAGAUCUCAGCCCUCCGCUGCAAGCUGGAGAAAGUCGAGAGGAGGCAGAAGAUGGAGAAGGAGGUGGCAUCGGGAGAAAGGGAAGGAAACUGCAGACAUCAGACUCCCACAGCAUCAUCAUCAGGCUUUUGGUUGAAAAGGGAGGUGUUUUCUCCAACAGACCCAGUUGAAAGACACGGUGAAAACCUCAACAAGUUAAAAAAAGAGGAGCUUGAUCCGGAUGGAGUUGCCCUGAAACGUGAGUGUGUUGAAUCCCAGUAUAAGCUGGGAUCAGUGGCUGUCCAAGCUCCAGAUGAGGAACAGACUUUGACUGAUGUCCUUCCUGCCUCACAGCCUAAGAGCAAACAUUCUGACUGGGAUCAGAGUAGUUGCAAAACUGACCACAUGUCUCCUGAAGAUCAAGCCAGGCUCCCUUUUUUGUCCAUAUCUGACAGUGGGCGCUGCUCUCCUAGGCCUGAUCUCAGUUUACCUCAACCAGAAGAAAGGGUCCCAGGACAGCGUGCCACCAGAGAUGGGGUUCAGGAGAAUCUGCUGGCAGGUGGUGUCGGCUGCUCAUCUUUAGUCAGUACUGCUGUUACAGCACCAUCCAGCUUUCAGUCUGUUUACCAAUCAGAUGAGGAUUCCAAAGAAGAGGACAACAAGUUUACCUUUAUGGAUCAUCAGUCUGAGGAGCAGAACUCCGACCAGAACGCAGUGCAGGAUCAUGGUGUCGGACAAAGGGGGGACAAUCCACGGGUCCCUUCUUGUGAAUCGCCAUGGCAAAACAGAGAGGAUGGAGCGACCACAGCCCCUUACAUUCGAUCGUGGCGGGUCACAAGCCCUGACAGCAGAGACUCUUUGCAACCACAGACUAUUGCUGUGAGAACCACAAACAGUCUCGGUUACCUCCCAGCGCAGAGCGAAGGAAAUGCACGGCCUUACACCUGCCCCUACUGCACAAAGUGCUUCACUUACCCCUCCCACCACCGCAGGCACCUUUUGCGGCACACAGGAGUCCGUCUGCAUCCCUGCCAGUUCUGUGACAAAAGCUUCCUCACGCCAUCUGAGCUGACGGUGCACACUCGCACGCAUACAGGAGAGCGGCCUUUUGCCUGUGCGCAGUGCGGAAAACGCUUUGCCCGCAGUGGUAACCUGCGAGCUCAUCAGCGGGACGUUCACAUGCGAAAGAGGCCCUUUGCAUGUGAAGAAUGUGGAAAAAGAUUUGCCCACAGGGGGAACCUGAGGAUGCACAAUCACAGAGUCCAUCAGGGAGAUCCGUACUACAUGGAUGAACAGCCAGAGUCUGAACUGGGCUCUAGUCCCAUUUAGAAAAUGUUAUCUGUUUGUUGUUUUGAAUAGACAAACGUUCUGUGAUGCGCUUGGAAAUUCUGGAAUGAGUUCUAAAGUUGAUAGGGAAUUAGCCCUAAUUCAGAGUUUAAAUUAUUAUGUGGAAACCUUUGCUGGAAAUCCUGAUUCAGUCCAUCACCAAAGUUGAAUCACUCAGACUGUGUGAUGUUUCUGUAUUUUUCUAUUCCAUUUGAACUAAAGGCUUCAUAUUUGCAUUAUAAAAGACGAUUAAAAUGAUAUUUGAAGAAUGUCCAUCAGUGAUUAAAGUGCAUUAUUUUCUUUUGAA